GAGUACUCUCCCAUUGGGUGCCGUGCACAUUACUCCCGCUACCAGAAUUCAGAAGCCAGUCUUAAGGAGCGAGGUGAGCCGCAGCAGCUUACCUGUCCCCCGUCUCUCAUUCAACCGUUUAUAUUAUUGUGUUCUGGUCCAAUGGAGGCAGCGGUUCUGAACCCCGCUAUAAUUCCGGAAGUGGACUGCAACAGCAACACCGUGGACGCCGAGCUGGAGGUGAAGAAACUGCAGCAGCUCGUCCGAACGCUGGAGUGGCAAAACGAGCUGCUCCGGACCCGCGCGAGUAGCUGCUCGCGCUCGCAUGUGCUGCCUCCUUCCCCGGGGGGUGAAAUGCUCGCUGGCACCGGGGGGUUCUGCCUCCCCAGCCCAGUGCCCACCCUGCUGUGUGAGUCGUCCUUGGGGUCCUCCCUGGAGGACCCUUUCGACUAUUUCCACUCCGGGGAUGGAGCGGCGGAGGACGGUUCCGAGCCGUCGGUUCUGGACGAGCUAGAACUUUUGGAUUUUGAUUCUCUGUGCUGCUCAGACGAGUCCGACGAAACCUGGCUGUAUGUGUCCUCAAAGUCCAGAGAGUGCACGGAUAACUCCCUCUCAGCUCUGCAGUGGUGCCGGAAGGCGCUGGCAUCUCCAAAAUCUGAGGUGGAGGCUGCCCGGAGAUCCCUGUCCCUCCGACUGGAACAAGGUAAGAGACUGUGUGUGGAGAAAAAGAGUUUUG